CGUAGGUCCCUGCCAUGACCACUUCCUUGGCAACCAGCGAGUCCCUGGCAACCACUUGCAGCGAACAGGCACAACUAUGGCGAAAACAAUCGGUGCCAAGAAGUCACUUUGGCAACAAGUGUGCGAAGAGUAUGAAGCGGAGCAGCCCCGUCCUCCCUGUGCUGUGUGGACAGAUGACAGCUCAGUUAACACCCUGAUCUCACAGUACAGCGCUAGUACGCACUCCCCGGUCUUCUAUGGACUCACCACAGCCAAGGUGUCUGUGGAUGAUGACCCUCUCAGAGACUUCGACCCCCUCCUUGGUCACCCUGCUCUUGCUGGUUACUCCGUGUUAGAAAAACCUCGUCCUUCAAGUCAGGGGUAUCUGUCAGCAGCUGAAUCAUUGUCACCAAAACUACAAUCAAGUCCUGUCCUACAGGUUUUGGAAAGAAGAGUGUUUCCAGUGUUGUUGCCUGGACUGGAAGCUUUGCUAGAGGAAGCCCAGAAGCGUGGCUGUUUUGAGAGAAAAAGAACAACAUUUGACCCCUGCGAUUUCCUGACAGAGUGGCUCUACAACAACAAUCCUUACAGGCAGGAGCAGGCCCAGGUGACCUUUCAUGACAUCCCCUUUGUCAAGAACUGGCUCAUCAAGCAUCCCAGGCCUCCCAUCCCUCUGUUCCUGCUGCUGAGUGAGGAUCAGGCUGCUCUGCUCAUCCAGGCCUUCUGGAGGGGAUACAAGAUCAGGGCACGCCCAGAUGUGCAGGAGCUGCGCCUGUGGCAGAAAGAACUGAGGGAGAAAAGUGACAUUGCCAAAACUGUUGAGAAGUUCUGGGCCCAGCAAGAGAGCCGAGUUGGAUCUGCCAUGACUGAUCCUCCAGAAAGCCCUCAGCCUGGCAAGCCAGAAGUGUCCAUCCAGGUAGUGUCCCCCUCUCCUCAAAGCACUGUGGUUCACACACCCACCACCCAUAUGACCCCUGAGGCUGGUGAGUGGCUGUUGACCCCCGGCCUGUGGAGCAUGGACAAAACAGCCUCUGCUCUACCAGUGGCUGAUUACCUCACUGCAUCGGAGCCUGGCACGUCCUUGACUGCAGUAUCUCCAUCUUUACUUCAAACUCAAAACCUCAACCCGACCAGCGGUUCUAUUAACUGAAAUCAUUGCUGUGUGUACAAGGUUUGUCUGGUAUUUAAAGGCCAUCAAACUCUGUUAGGUUGAUGUCAACUGACCAAAGUGAUCCGUCAAACAAGCCAUUAAAAACGCCUGUAACCAAUUGGAUAUGGCCACACAGGGGUUUAUGGUCCGAGAUCCAUGUCUAAUUAGUUGAUUGCUUUCAUUGCCUUUUUGAUGGAUCACUUCCCUUUUACGAGUCUCACCCAACAAAUGAACACCAUAUAGCACGGAUCACAUAUUAUACUGUUGGAGGGAGGCCUCUUGUAACAGACUUAAUAUUUCCUCUCAGCCCCUCAGGCUGAUAUCUUGCCAGAUGAUAACCAACUCGUAUUUCCUCGCCUUGUCAUUUCUGCUUUCCUUGGCAAUAUAUAUCAUACCAAGAGGCUGAAGCAUUUCUAUUCAGGCCACAAUCUGGGGUCAGACUGAAAGGUGGCUCUGCGUGGCCAGAAGCACUUUCUGUCCUGUGUAUCAGAAAAGGAAAUUACCCUGUCAGAGAAACAGAGGAUAUCAAACUGAGAGUUAAAAAACUUCUCUGAGAUCACUGAGUGAUUGACAGCAACUCCAACAGAGCAAAAGAAAAUCUAAAUUUCUGAAUAAAGCUUUCUAUAUUACAACAGAACUAAGAAGGCACAUCAUACUGUUUAUCAUACAUCUCCUGGUACAUGGCUCUGUUGACUUUUGACUCAAUAAAACACAGUGGAUCAAAACUAGCAGAUAUCAUGGCACCCAAACCAUCACAGACUGUGGACACUUUAAACACCUUGGAUUCUGCGCCUCUCCUGUCUUCCUCAAACUCUCUGAACGUAAAAAGGACUUUGGACCACUGAGCAACAGUUAAGUUAUUUUCUCCUUAGCCUCCUGCUGCCGUUGUCUUCUGGUUCAGGAGUGGUUUGAUAUCAGGAAUGUGACAGUUGCAGCCUCUUUCCUAAGGACAACUGUGCAUGGUGGCUCUUGAUGCACUGACGCCAAGCUCUGUCCACUUCCUUGUGAAGCGCUUUCAGGUUGUUCAAUGAACUUUUCUCGACAGUUCUCUCAAGGCUGCAGUCAUCCUAUUCCUCAUGCAUCUUUUUCUGUCAUACUUUUCCCUUCCAGUAAGCUCUCUAUUAACACGUUUCGGUUCAGCACUCUGCAAAACAGCUAGUCUUUUCAGCACCAACUUUCUGUGGUUUAAUCUCCUUGUAGAGGGCGUUGAUGAUCGUCUUCUGGUUUAAGUCCGAACCAGAAGUCCGAACAAAAUAUUGAGCUCUAUCACAAUAUCCUGAUUCUUUUAGCUGCACUUGUAUAAAACAAAGCUAUAUGUAAAUAUUUGAAUAUUGAUGUAAAAGCUAAAAACAAACUUGCCCUCUAAACUUCCACCAUUUCUAUCUCUGGAUAGGAAGGUUGUUGGUUUUUGGAAUGUUUUGUUUAUUCUGUGAAUACUUUCUUGUGUGGUCUCAAUCUUUUGCAAGAUAGGUUUAAAUGUCAGACAGUUUGUAUCGCUCCAACCCUUUCCCCCCCUUUUUUUACACCUCAAAGCCAUCAAACAUCCUCUUAAAUGUCACGUCUCUGCCAUGGAAAGUUAAUGCAAUUGGAUUAGCAAAAUGUUGUGGAUAGAAAGACUUCCUGCUGCUCCACUGGCUCUGUCUUCAUAUUUUUGUUCAUGCCAACACGACUGUGCAGGCGGUCACUCUCUUCUCCCGCUUGUGUGUCAUUAAACUGCUGGACCAGAGUGCACUCCUGGCAUAUUUCCAUCACUUCUUGAACCCAGCAUACCUGAGAGGAUACUCCUGCUUUCCCCCUCUGUGUCUCCGCAGAGAGGCAGGGCUGCGGCCUCCUGAUGGACGGCUUCUCUGACCAUCCCAGGCACUGAUGCACUCUGCCUCACAGUGAGCCACAGGGAGGGUCAUGUAUCUCCAUCUGCAGUCGGUGCAUUUCUCAUGGCCAUCCACAAAAUACAAAAGAAGCAUGCGGCCAUUGCAAGUUUGUCCACUCUGUGCUACAGUACAAACAUAGCAGAGCCAGAUGCCAGCCUCCUUGGAAGGGGACCCACUCCUUCUGUAGACAUAAAAAGCUCAUUCUAAGUCAACAAACACAAAAGAAGUUUUAGAUUCAGGUGAAUAAAAACACAACAUCCAGUUAAAAGUUAACUACAAACAUGACACUUUUAUUGAACUUUUUUUUCCUGAUUUGGUUACAGAAACGAGAGUUAACAGUUUUUUUUCUUUAUCUAAUCAGGGGAAUAAAGUUCUAUACAUA